ACCACCACCACGCUCAACCCAACAAAUCCCUUUAUUAUUAACCCUCUUUUCCAGCUUCACUCCCCCACACGACUCUCUCUCCCCCCUUUUUUCACUCUCUUUCUCUCUCCAUGGAUUCCCUCACCCUCCUCUGCACCGCCGCCCUCCUAAUCGCCGGCGGCCUCUACUGGUUUGUCUGCAUUCUCGGAUCCGCCGAACAGAAGGGAAAGCGCGCCGUCCACCUCUCAGGCGGUUCGAUCUCCCGCGAGAAGGUCGAGGACACCUACCGCCAGUACUGGUCCUUCUUCCGCCGCCCCAAAGAGAUCGAGACCGCCGAAAAGGUCCCCGCCUUCGUCGACGCCUUCUACAACCUCGUCACCGACAUCUACGAGUGGGGAUGGGGACAGUCCUUCCAUUUCUCCCCCUCCCUCCCCGGAAAAUCCCACCGCGACGCCACGCGCCUCCACGAGGAGAUGGCCGUCGACCUCCUCUCCGUCGGGCCGGGGGCACGCAUCCUCGACGCGGGCUGCGGCGUCGGCGGCCCGAUGCGGGCCAUCGCGGCCCACUCCGGCGCGAAGGUCGUCGGGAUCACUAUCAACGAGUACCAGGUGGAUCGGGCCCGGGCCCACAAUAAAAAGGCCGGGCUGGACGCGCUCUGCGAGGUCGUGUGCGGCAAUUUCCUCCAGAUGCCGUUCGAGGACGCGAGCUUCGACGGGGCUUAUUCGAUCGAGGCCACGUGCCACGCGCCUAAAUUGGAGGAGGUUUACAGCGAGAUCUACCGGGUCCUAAAACCCGGAUCCAUGUACGUUUCCUACGAGUGGGUGACGACGGAUCUGUACCGGGCGGACGACCCGGAGCACGUGGAGGUAAUUCAAGGGAUCGAGCGUGGGGACGCGCUGCCGGGGCUCCGGAGCUACAAAGACAUAUCCGAGGUGGCGAAGCGGGUCGGGUUCGAGGUGCUGAAGGAGCAGGAUCUGGCGAAGCCGCCGGCCGGGCCGUGGUGGACCCGGCUGAAGAUGGGUCGGGUCGCGUACUGGAGGAACCAUUUGGUGGUAACGGUGCUGUCGUGGCUGGGGAUUGCGCCGAAAGGGGUUGUUGACGUGCACGAGAUGCUGUUUGUGACGGCGGACUACUUGACCCGAGGAGGAGAAACGGGUAUUUUCACACCGAUGCAUAUGAUUCUCUGCAGGAAGCCCGAGAGUUUUGGAUUCGUAUCAACAAGAGAUGAAAAGGUAUUUAUAAUAUAAUUCAAUUAUGCGGGUAUUUCGGUAUUUCCUCCUUAUCUGUCAUUUUGUUGGAUCAAAUACCAUUUCUUUAUAAUAGUUGAGGUUGCAAUUAUAAGAAUAAGCUUGUUGAGAAACCUGUUGAACUAGUCAACUAGCUGCUAUCAAUUAAGAUUUUUCUUAUUAAAAUAAUAAAUGAAGCAUUCUUACUUACAUAAA